AUGGAUGAAUUAUUAAGUGCUGUAAUGUAAAGAAAAUCAAAGAUAAAUGAAGUUAUUGAAACAAUACUAAAAGCUAAAGUUAAAAGUAUUAAUUAAAAUAAAUAAUAAUAGAUGCCAUAAGUUAAUCUGAAAGAUAAACAAUAUAUUCAAUUAUACGUAAACUUAAAGAAGAAGAAAAAAAUAGAACUGAAAAGGAGAAUUGGAUAGUUAGUAUAAUGAGAAAUACUAAAUAAUAUAAUGAAGAACAAAUGAAGUAUAAAUAUAUAUAUAAUAAACAUAGUCAUAUAUUUGUUAAAACUAAUGAUAUCAUGAAAUUAAUUAGUACAUCUUAUAUUGAAUAUCCUUAUUCAACUCCAAAUAGUCUCAUUCAAUUUUUGGAAUAAUACUACAAUUUACACUAAUGGUUCUUUUAAUAAAUGAAUUAAGAAUAUCAAAUAAAAAUAUAAUAUAAAUAAGCCAUCAAAUAAGGAAAUGUAAAUGAAUAUUAAUAUCUUAAUAUAGAUUAAUUUGAUAACUGAUUUAAUUAAAGCAUUGUUAGCAUCUUCACGAAAAAUACUCAAAGAUAACAUUGAUGAUUUAGCAUAUUUAGUAAAUAAAGAUUCAUCACCUGAAAAACAAAAGAUUAUUAAAAAAAUUGUACCAGAUCCUCUAAUAGAGCACUUAAGAACUAGAUCAUCAACAUAAAAUGGAAAAAAAGAUGGAACAGUUAUCAGUAUGACAAAUAGUUUAAUUCAAAAUGAAGAGCCUAUUAAGAAGGAAUAUCAAUUUAUUAAAGAGAAAUUGAAAUAAUAAUAAAGAAGAUUUGUUUUAUAACCAAAAUUAGCAAAUUAGGAGAUAAUAUUUUUAGAAUCACCAGUGUAUUAAUUAAAAUUGAAAUACUAAUAAUAUUAAAAUUGUAAUAUUGAAAAAAACUAAUUUGCCUCUUUAUUUAAUAAUGUUAAUCUUGAUGAUUUGGAUGAAUAAAAUAUUUGUGUUUUAGAUUAUCAAACUAUAAAAAGAUAAUAAUAAAAUUUUGAUGAAUUCAAACUUAAUUUCGAAAGUCUUUAUGAUAAGAUUAAAGGAAGAAAUUCAUAUAUACAAUAAUCAGUUAUGGAUUAUAAUCAAUAUAUCUCAAAAAAGUAUGAAUUUUUAUAAUAUUGAAAGAUGUAUUAAUUAAACAAUGAUGGUAAGUAGUCAAUGCAAUAAUAAUUUAGAUAAUGAGUUUUUUAAUGUACUUAAAGAUAAGUAUGAAGAAUUAACCAAUUUGAAUGCAGAAUUCUAAUAAAAUAUGUCUCAUUAUCAUUUUUGUAAGAUUUAUAUAAAACCACACAUAAAUCCAAUUUGUGUUUGUUACAACAAUAAUAAUAGUAAAAAUGAUAUCAAUUCAAAUCCUAUUAAGAAUAAAAUAGUAAUCAGAAAAUCUGUCUUGAAUAUGAAAAAAUCAACACCUAUACAAUAAAAUUAAAAUACAUUUACUUCAAAGAAUCUUAUAGAGUAAUUAAAGAAAGAAAGGACAUUUCAUUAAUCUAUCAUAAUAGAGGAUUCAAAUUAUCAAGACAUUUACAAAUACAAUAAUAGUAAUGGAAUUAGUCCUUUAAAUAAUUCUAUACUUUAGAUUAGGAAAGUAGAUUAAUCUCAAAAUUUAAAUGGAAGUGUUUAAUAUAAAUUAUACACACAUAAACUUUCAAGUGAAUUUUAAACAUUUAAAUAAUCUUCAUUGCACCAUAGAGCUUAAUCAGCUAAUGGAGAUUAAUUAAGUAUUCCUCCUCUCAACUUAAGGAAUUGUGCUGAGUGA